CUUAGUGCUGUUUAAGUCAGUGAAAAUUCUUUGGCGCUAUACACCAAAAUAUACAAUCUUUUAGGAGCUAGAUGUCCAAUUUUCUCCUAGUUAUGUUCAUUUUGUUCCAAUGGUGAAGAACACUUUUGUUGUGUCAUGUUCAUCUAAAAUGCUAAUUCUUUUGCCCUCAUGGAAAUCUUUUAGCGGAAAACUGGUGUAUCAGGCCAACUUGUGGCAGGUAUGUUUUUCUCUAGGGGAUUUAGCAUAGCCUACUUCCUCAGAUGAACCACAUGACAUUCUUUGACUUUUAAAGAAAGAUUUAGAAAUAGUAAUGGCUUAUUUGCAGUGGCAGACAAGUGCACAUUUGUCAGGGCUGUUUCAUCCCCCUGGAUUCAACCAAGAAACGAAUUUUCCUCGAUGCCAAAUUGCUAUCAAAUUUAUUGACCACAUUGCUGGCCACAUUCAUUGGUUAUGACUUAUGACUUAUGAACUUAGUAGUAUCCCUACUUCAUGAUUAGCGAAGGUUCCAGCUAAACUAGCGCAACUGCAUUUUGAUGAUUUCUGAUUUAGGUCAACGGAGUUUUGUUAGUACUGAAACUAUGUUAGGAGAUGUGAAAUCAUGCUCGAUCAAUUCCAAAUAUGUUUUUCUUUAACUUUUGGAAUCCAAGUGAGCAUAUUUACUAGAGUAGCUACCUAAUCGUGGUACUGACAAAACACUCCACUGGCUAAAAGUAAGAAACAUUUGCCCAAUCACAUAGCAUAUAAGUGGCAGGUGGAUGCUCAUGGGAACUUGUAAUGUUUGUUUUUUGCAAUUUGUUGUUUUCUCUAGAACCUGGGUUUGCUGCCUUGUAUCUAUUAGCUUAUUAAAAAAUGUUUCGCUAUCUGUUGCUGUUAAUUAUAUUCAUCCAUGUUAUUUCUGUUAUUUGUUGAAAAUAAAGAAAGGAACUCACAGGAACAUCAAUUAGUUCAUAGUAUUAAAAGAAAUCCUUUGGUAACAUCAGGGACCAUGGUGUAAGGAAACUCUUACUAUCAUGAUUAAUUUGCGAAGAUAUUGAAGUACCACCAUGUUUCAUAGUUAAAGAAGAAAUAUAACCAUGUUUUUUAUAACAUCUUCCUUCAAAGAAAAUUUGAAUAUUACACUCCGGUUCACUUGCCUAGAUGCCAAGGUGCUCAUUGCACUACAGAUUUGUUACUUGAUUUGAUUUAAAUGCAAUCCAUUGUUCAUUUAAUUAAAUAGAAGUUGUCCAGUACAUUCCUUUAUCUUAAUACAGUCUUUGCUAAUAAUUACAUUUUUUUAGCAGAAAUUAAAUGGUAGAAAGUUUAGAAACAUAGAGAUAAGUAUAGAAAAGAAAUAGCAUGAAGGGCAUGGUCAUUGUUUCAGGUUUAUCCAUCUGAUAGUGCAGAAACUUUUUUAUGGUAUGGAUAGUAAAAUAGCCCUGAAACGAUUCUUAGCAGUUUGGUUGAGGUCCAUAGGAUAAAACUUGUGGCAGGCUGUCCUCCUGGGGUUUAUUUAGGCAUGAGUUGCAUAACCUUUUUUUCAGAUGAGUGACCAAAGCAGCAUAGGUAUUCUGGCAUUUUUCUUGUCCCCUUGAAAGUGUGUUCAUAAAGAAAAUGAAGAAAUGAAGAUUUUGCAUACUUUUGAUAAGUGAUGACAUCAAAUAUGACAUAAAGUAUAAUUCAAAGAGUUUAUUUUUACAAUGCUUUUAGUCUGCAGCCCAGGUCAUGCUAAGUUUGUAAGGCCAACACCCAACAGGAGCCAGGCUGGGCCUUAGAUCAGCUUACUUCUUGUUCAAAUAAUCAAAUUACUGUGCAGUUGUGACUGUUGGAUGCUGAAAAAAAUUGUAGGGAUGCUACUUAGUUCACUAAUUGCAAAAGGGUUCAUAGUUUAGUGGUUGUGGCUCCUGAGUAGCACCUCUAAUACCUCGGUUCGACUCUCCGUGGGAGCAAAUUUCAGGGCUGGUUAAAAAACCUCCCUUGUUGGCAACCCAUAAAAUAGUGGCAGGAUGCCGGCCUAUGGUAACGGUGGCACCCAGCCUGUGUGAACGGUGCAGUCCUACCUGGAGGUAGUGAUAGGGCACUGAACCAGGUGGCAGGUGCUAUAGGGUCCGCACUGUCAGCGUUCCAUGGGUUUCUCGGUCGGUUGAAGACUGAGGUUUCUUCUUCCAAACAAUACUGUGGGGGGCGGUCUUGCACUAUCAAAUAUGUUAUCAUCUUCCCUCGCUACUUUUUGUUCUUUGUAAUUUUACUGUCAUUUUAUUACGAGUAAAAAUAUAUCCAGGGUCCUUCAACUAUCAAAGUGAGUAUCCGGGUCCUUCAACUUUUCAAGCGGUUCACUCUAAUUUCACUUUAGGUCCAAUGAUUCUCACUUGGGAUGUACCACUUAGUUUGAGGACCCAGAUGCUCACUUAAGAGUUCAUGGACCUAUAUGGGAAUCUGGGAAAAGUUUGAGGACCCUAGAUGCACUUUACUCUUACGUAAUUAUUCUGUUAUCUGGUUACUUAUCUUCCCUUAACUUCAGCUUGAAAAGUGAUAUCUUCUCUAGUCUUACAGUCCAGUUACCUGCUCUUUUUGAUCAUAUUUGCAGGUACUCCAGGCCACUUCCUCAUUAGGGUGCUACUAAAUUCUGUGCAUGGCCAUGACUUCUGAAGAUGGAGACAUCUUGGCUCUUCUUUCAGAACCAAGUCUAACGGAAGAGCAACUUGAAGCUUCUGAAUCUGAUGAUAUACUGCCUGCUAUUCUAGGAGCCAUUAAAUCAAAUGCAAAGGCAGUUGAACCUUCACCCGAGGAGGCUGCCUGGGCAGAUUCAUGUUUUGUGCAGACUUCUGAAUUGUCAGAGGAUGACUGGGGAGCAAUGAGGAAUGCCUUGCUUGAUGCCCUUGAGAAGCCAAUGGAUAGUCCCUUUGAUGCUUCUGAAGCUGUGCAUGACAAAAGCAUCCAUGCAAUCUCAGAGGAAAGGCCUCACUCUCUCAAUGCUGAAAAGGUUCCUCGGCAUGAUGAUGUGCACAUGGAGCAGAUGAACAAUAUCGAUGAUGACAAGGAUAGUAGUCAAGCUUGUGAAGUUGCUGAUGUAAUCAGAGGUGUAGAUGAACAUGGAAAGCAAAUGGAUGGUUACACAGUGAAACCUGAGGAUGACAAUGAGUUGGCUUCACCCGAAGGUCUUGAGCAGACGGAGUCGACAGAUUCUAUCUUCAAGGUUUGGGAUCUGGAGCUGUCUUUUUCCGAUGAUGAUGAUGGUGAGCUUGAACUCAUCAAGGAUCUGAAGAAGCUCCUCAAGGAGAAUGGCAGCCCUCCAGAGACUGUGUAUCCAACUUCUCCUCCGGAUGACGUAGCUAAGCCCUUGGAUCAGAUAAACAUCGAUGAACUUGUGGCGGGCUUGAGUGACUUGUCAAUAGAACAAACCAACAAGUAAGAUUAGUCAGGUCCAUAGCGCACCUUGAUCCAUUCAACUGCGAUCUUGUGGUUUGCUCUCUACAGCAGCGCUAAUUGCUUGUUUCACAGGGGGUUUUAGCCCAAGGCUUAGGCUAACUUUUGAUUGCUUGUACUUGAAAUCUCCAUGUUUAGAUUGAAUUAAUGUUCUUUUCA